AUGGCCCCGCGUGGCAAUCAAAUGUUGGGCAAUGCCCAUUUCCGCAAGCACUGGUCGCGAAGGGUGAAAACCUGGUUCAAUCAGCCUGCCAGAAAAGUCCGAAGACGUGAGAACCGUCAGGAAAAGGCUGCAACUGUUGCUCCUCGUCCUGUGGCCGGACUUUUGAGGUAUUCAAACAUGUUUUAAUCAGUUUUUAAAAAGAGACUUCUAAAUUUUCAUUUUUUUUUUUUAUAAAGUGAUUCUUUUUCGAAGUCCGUCUGCGCAUUUUAAAACUACGAAUUUUUUUUUUCGUAGUUUAAAAGUUGCGCUAUAUCAUAGUUGGAGUGUUUGACGCAUGCAAGGAUUUCUUUGUAUGUGAUAGAAGCUGCCUAACAUAUUAUCAAUUGACAAUUUUAACAUUCUUUUUUUAUGAAAAAUGUUCUGUGUUAGUUACUCGUCAGUCAAACUGCAUAAACAACGUGCUGAUGGUUAAAAAACCUAGCAGACUGUUUCUAGAAGUUGAUUGAUAUAAAUUUCUUUAGAUCUGUUGUUCGAUGCCCUUCUCGGCGUUUCAACAUGAAGCUUCGCCUUGGCCGUGGCUUUUCGCUUCAGGAACUGAAGGCUGCUGGCAUUGGAAAGAAUGAGGCCCGCACUAUUGGUAUCGCCGUCGACUACAGAAGGACGAACAAGACCGCAGAAGGACUUAAAGUUGGUUUUUUACUACAAUAAUUAUUUAAUGGAAAUCCGUGGAAACUGCAUUGAUUUCAUUAAUGGCCGGCUUGAGUCAAAUUUCGAGAAUAGGUGAAUAAUAGAACGAUAUGAUAAGUGGGAAUGAAAAUUAAGAUAAAGGCUGUUAACAGUAUCAGGUGAGGUUUUUAUGUUCCUCGUUCUCAAGAAAACGGCUAUAGGGUUUCUUAAUAGCACUAGAGGUUAAUUGGCUUACAUGUUGGCUCGGAAGGGUGAAAAUGAACUUUUUUCAUUUCGUCCACUUUUAGAACCGUUGAUUGUAUCCGAAUAUUAUUUUCGUGUCCAAAGUUAUAAAACUUGUGAAAAAGAGAAACAUUUACACUAAUUACCUUGGACACAAAAUAAAGGAUUCAGCGUACGUAAUCAUGUUAUGUGAAAAAAAGAAAUCGGUCAAAGUGAUUAAGCAUAAUAUGCGGAACUGGAAUGUCGAGAGUUUUUAGAAAAAAACUAUUUCUACAGCAAUAUAUCGCGAUAUGGUGGCUUUUAAGCGCAGAACUGAAAUUUCGUUUUUUUUUUUUUUGAUUGCCCAAAUAAUUUAAAAUUUUGGAGAUUCGCGCGUAAAAGCCUUCAUCUUGUUGUAGUAGUUGUAUUAUUUUUUUUGUCAUGUUUUCUGAUGCUUUUCUUCAGUUUUUGAUUGCAGGCAAACGUCGAACGUCUGAAGGAAUAUAAAUCUAAGCUUAUUUUGUUCCCGAAGAAGCUCAGUGCACCAAAGAAGGGCGACAGCUCGGUAAGUUUUUUUAUUUUUUUAAGUUUUUUUCUAACGUUUUUUUAGCAGAUUCAGCAAGUCUAUUUUUAUUUUUUUAACAGGCUGAAGAGCUCAAGGUUGCCAGCCAACUUCGCGGUGACAUCCUUCCAGUCAGCCACGUCAUCACUUAUGAAGAGCCCCGUGCCAUUACUGAAGCCGAGCGAAAAGUUCAAAUAUUCCGACUUUUGCGCAAGGAGCGUGCCGAUAAGAAAUACGCCGGAAAACGUGAAAAGAAGGCAAAGGAGGCCGCGGAGGAGAAUAAGUAA